AUGCGCUUCUCCGCCGCCUUUAUUCCAUUUCUAACGUCUUUGGUAACUGCUCGGCCCGACUAUGGAGGACAAGGAAAGGUCACUGUUUCCGACCUCAAACUUCAUAAAGUCGGGAUCCCUGUCGGCUUCAGUAUUCAAAACCUCUCUUUCAAGCUGAGUGGAGACAAAAGAAACAACAUCGAUUGUUCAGCAGAGAGUCUCCCCUGGCCCGAAUUCUCCUCUAGCCGUUGCAGUGAUUCCCAGUAUUCGUUUGCCCUCUUGCCCCGCGACGAAAGUCCCGAGAUCCUCCUCAUGAUUUACCACAAUGUUGGUGACAAGAGGGCGGAUCUACGCGGGGGCAUUAUUUUGAACCUCCAUUGCCGCCGCCGGGGCGAGGAGCCGGUCGAUGAUGAAUGCACGCAAGAGCGUUCCCUCACUUUCAGUAUCGACGGUCCUAUUGCUGACUACCGCUGGCGCGACGCGUAUGACGAAUUGAGAUAG